AUGUCAUCGUUCGGAACCCUCCGGGCGCUUGCCUGGGUCGUGUCCUUGGGACUGGUUCAGCCUGUCUUAGCUGACGGGUGCUCCGGCUUGGAGGAACAUGAGUGUUGUUUUGCCUCUUGGUCAUCAUACUGGUCUUCCAAGGACGAGUAUGAAGCACCGACGACAACCACGGUCUACUAUACUGAGUCCUGGACGCAGGAUGCCUACAAUCCCUCACUCACGACGCUUUGUGACGGAUUCCCGCGGGCCUUGGAUCCAGUCCCAGAGUUUUCCACCGUCACGGUUUCCCUUGACGAGCCGAAAACCACCCUGCUGAGAAGCACUUAUGCGUCUCCCGCGCCGACCUGUACGAUAGCCGAUGAGCAUUGCGCACCGUACCUAUCGGACUUCGAGUCAGCCUUCUCGAGUUACAACGGCUCGAAUGCCACCCCGCAUUCCCCACCGUGCACCACAUACACCCCUUGUCCCCGCGGUGACGGCGUCUGCAAGAUGAUGGCUACCGAGGGAGUCAAGGUGUACUACUGGCCAGCAACCGUGACCGGCGACCUUUGCGGCGAGCGGACAACUAUAACCCACCCCGAGCCUGCGCGCUCGACCAUCGUCGACGGUACGACCUUUGUCUCGCCGAGCGUUUACGUCUCUAUUUCCCACCUGCAAGCGGCUCAAUACUGGGGCCAGUACAAAAAAACAGCGUGCGGUAAAUGGAUGACCGACUUUGUCGUCAGCCUGGAUCCCUCUGAUGUGAACACUCACUGGGGUCCCCGCCAGCGCAGGACCGCCGUCUUCAAACAGCUCAACCUCGCCGAUCUCAAUAACCCCAUCCCCGCCACGGCCUUCUUCGGCCUCACCGAGUUGCCAAACUGCGCCGCGGCGCCGGAGAGCUGUACGUCGACCAUCCCAUACACGAAUCAGCCGCGGCUGUCGGCGCCCUAUGAUCAACUCCGCGCGUUGAACUCCGAGUUGGACUUUUGCAGCAUUCAUCCUAGCCAAUUCGAGAUGAUUGGGCCUGUUACGUGGAUUCCGCUGGAGCCUACAGGUGAUAGCAAUUGGCCGGAGCCAACCGAGGCGCCGACCGAGGCCUCUCAGCCCGUCGUUGAUGAACCUAUCGAGACUGGCUCCUGA